GCCCUUGGCUUGGGGCCCCUUUCUUGCUCUACUACUGCUAAAGAGCGAAGCAACUGGGUAACGGGUGAGAGGAGACCUGGGCUUCAUCCCCAGCAGCAGCAAACUACAGACCUCUGCCUGCUAAGGAGCUGCAACGUACCAGCCAGCAGGAAAGAGAGGCUCUUUCCCUGGCCCCGAUCGUGGGGAGGGAGCAGUUCAAAGGCAUGAACGAGGAGCUGGGCAGCCUAAUCCCCCGCCCCCCGCUGGCUGGCCCCGGCUCUCCACUAACUCCGGCUCGGCAGCCGCCCAGUGCAAGGGCAACGUGCAGCUGCCCUGAGCUCACCCAGGCGGCGGCGGCUGCCGCGGCUGCGUUACUGGGAGAGACUGUGCCGCUGCGACAGGGGAGGACGAGGCUGGGAGCUGAAGGAGGCUCCGUGAGCAUGCGCCGCCAGAGCCACUGACUAUGUUCUCAGUCCAGAUAUUUUGAUGGCAUGACAAGUCAGAAAGAAGAAAAGAGGAUGUACUGUAUGACUAGACACAAGAUCUGUUCUGUUUGUGGAUUACAUUUGCAGUAAGAUGUAUGGAUCUAUUUUUUCCUUGUUCUUAUAUAUAGAUCAUAAGACUUGACUGUGGCAAUAUCCAUAUCAUCCAUCCAUCUAUGGCGAACUACAGCCAUGCAGCUGACAACAUUUUACAAAAUCUCUCUCCUUUAACAGCCUUUCUGAAACUGACUUCACUUGGUUUCAUAAUAGGAGUCAGUGUGGUGGGUAACCUUCUGAUCUCCAUUUUGCUAGUCAAAGAUAAGACCUUGCAUAGAGCUCCUUACUACUUCCUGUUGGAUCUUUGCUGCUCAGACAUCCUCAGAUCUGCUAUUUGUUUCCCGUUUGUUUUCACCUCUGUAAAAAAUGGCUCUACUUGGACGUAUGGGACUCUUACUUGCAAAGUGAUUGCCUUUUUGGGGGUUUUAUCCUGCUUCCACACUGCUUUCAUGCUGUUCUGCAUAAGUGUCACCAGGUACUUAGCUAUUGCCCACCACCGGUUUUAUACAAAAAGGCUGACCUUCUGGACUUGUUUGGCAGUUAUCUGUAUGGUGUGGACCCUUUCUGUAGCUAUGGCUUUCCCCCCAGUUUUAGACGUGGGCACCUACUCAUUCAUUAGGGAGGAAGACCAAUGCACCUUUCAGCAUCGUUCUUUCAGGGCCAAUGAUUCUUUGGGAUUUAUGCUUCUUCUUGCCCUUAUACUCCUAGCCACACAGCUUGUCUACCUCAAGCUGAUAUUUUUCGUUCAUGAUCGCAGGAAAAUGAAGCCAGUCCAGUUCGUUGCCGCGGUGAGCCAGAACUGGACUUUUCAUGGCCCUGGAGCCAGUGGUCAAGCAGCAGCUAAUUGGCUGGCUGGAUUUGGAAGGGGUCCCACGCCACCAACCUUGUUGGGAAUCAGGCAAAAUGCAAAUACCACCAGCAGGAGAAGGCUACUGGUCUUAGAUGAGUUCAAAAUGGAAAAGCGAAUCAGCAGAAUGUUUUACAUUAUGACAUUCCUCUUUCUGACCUUGUGGGGUCCCUAUUUGGUAGCCUGUUACUGGAGAGUUUUUGCAAGAGGGCCUGUCGUACCAGGGGGAUUUCUAACAGCCGCUGUCUGGAUGAGUUUUGCCCAGGCUGGAAUCAAUCCUUUUGUCUGCAUUUUCUCCAACAGGGAGCUGAGGCGCUGUUUCAGUACAACCCUUCUUUACUGCAGAAAAUCCAGGUUACCAAGGGAACCUUACUGUGUUAUAUGAGGGAGCAUCUGUAAAUCUUUAGCCUUGUAAAACACUACCCUUUCUCUGCUAAGCAAUUGUGGCCUGUAGCCAUGUCUUGAGAAGAAAAUCAAGAAUGGGAAGUCAGCAGCUGUAAGGAUUUGGGCAACAUUCUGCAGUCUUUGCAAUAGCUCACCUAUAAUCCUAUCUGAAACCCAAAUGUGUUCCUGCUGACCACGGGUGAAGGUUUGUAAUUAAGAACAAAGGACUGAACCACUGCCCUGAAUUCCUUUAUGUGGUUGAAAUCUAGAUAAGGAUUGCAGAUGCAAAGUAUCAGUGCUAAAUGCUGUGAAUAUCACUACAUAAAAUAAGACCAUCAAAACGAUUAGCAUUGGACAUCUUAAUAAGUUAAGUUGACAUGAGGUUAAUGUGUGGAUAAAACUAAUUUUAGACAUCUGAAGACGUUUAAAACAUUUCAUACAAUUAUUGUUUUGCAAAGACUGAAAAUUGGGGACUCGUAAGUACCGAAACUAAUUAAAGAUGUGCCAUGCAUUAUUGGAUUAUCACACUGAUAAAUCUGUUUGCCUUGUGAGUGAGUUUUGGGGAGCAUUCCAAAGCAGUAUUUUUGUUCAAAUUAGACUUUACUCUUUUUUUCCAAAUAUAUUACUCUUUCUAAAUACCAUUUCCUUAACAGUGAAAUUACUAGCAGUCAACUGUAUUCUGUGGUUUUUGCUGAUUUGGUAUAAAGUUUAUUGGACUCUUAUUUAUAUUUUUGAAAAAGCUAGAUAUCAGUCUGUUAGGCAACGUUAGCCUAGGUAAUACCCAGUCAUAAUGGAAUGGUCAUAAUUAUACAGAAUAAACACAUGUUGCCUUAAAGGGUUAUCUAGUAUCUUCCAUUUUGUUUAGCAAUGAAGCAAAUAAGCAAGGAAAAUUGAAUCAGUAACUCUGGUCAGUCAUUUGGGAGUGCAUGAAAGAUCACAUAAUCCUCUCUUUCCUUUUUACUGCUAUGGUUCCCAAAAUCGGUAUGCACAUCACUGGGAUGAUAUGAUAUUUUUUCUAGGUGUGCUGCCCAUUCUAGUUUGCUCUGAGAAACACUGGCAGUUGAUGUAUGUUUAUAUUUUAAGACAGCUGUCAUAGGGAGACCGCAGCCUUGGUAUGAUAUCUUGCACAAUUUGUGAAGCAUUUAUUCUACUGAAGGCACAGUCUUGUUUAUACUUUCUGCACAUUUUGGUGUAUUGGUUGUUUUAAAUUAUUUAAGUUUUAACUUGUGGAAGCAUAUAAUAUGAUUUCUAGUAUUUUAGAAAUACAUUAGAGUCUGUGAGUCUUUCCUUCUUUAAGGUACAGAUGUGUGGAUUUCAAUAUAAAGUUGCAUUUGCCAAAAUUUACCUGUGUAGCCUGUUAAUUUUCUUGGAAUAAAAUUUUACAUUUUUUCCAGUUUUAUACAGUUAACCUUUUUUAUUUUGUCUAGUGAGCUAGCAUGAGAUUUGAGAAUGUAGCCAUUAUGGAUUAUUAUUCUUUGCAGUCAUUGUAUUCCCAAACUGUAAAUGCAUGAAUGAUGGGGACCACAGGAUUGAUAAAUGAUAUUAUCUACAAUAGCACUGUUGUGUAGUUUAUCAUAAUUACCCCUCUAUCUAUUCUAAGAUGUCAGUUAUAUUUAAAGGUACAACACAGUAUUAGACAUAAACUUCACAGUUUAAUUUUGGUAAGUGUAUAUAUUUGAAGCACAACAUCAUGAGUCUGUCAGACAUAAAGAAUGUUGGUUUUCUUAAGGUUUGAAAGAAAAGACUAGUGGUUUUAAUUAAAUAUUGGUGUACUCAGUCAUUGUAGUUUUAUGACCAGCCGGUUAAUCCAAAUAUAACAAACAGCAGUCAGUAACUGAAAUGCUUAAGUUUGUAUGAUAACAUUAUACAGUGUGUAUGCAGCAAUUCAGAGAGUUGUGUCUAUAUAUGAUCAGACAACUUGAUCACAGAUUUUUAGUGAGCAAUCUGUUUAUUUGACCUCACUUACACUUUAUACCAAGGUUGAUUGGUUGAGAGGCAUAGUUUAAUAUACAGAUUUGAAACAGAAAAAUCACUACACUAAUGAUUCGUCAUUGGUACAGGAAUAUUGCAGAUCAUAAUUUGAAAUGGGACCAAGAAACUUCUAGCAAAAAGGCUUUUUUAUUACACUGAAAAGGGCUUUGAAAUUAAUAUAGCUAAAAAAAAUUGUCUAAGAUAGCAAAAUGGAAUAAAAAGUAAAUUAUAUGUUGAGAAAAAUUCUGGAAGCUGUCCCACUUAAGUUUACUAAGCAGUUGAUUGGCAAUAACUUCAGUCUGAUUUCUAUAAAAUAGUAACCUUUACAAGGAAAAUUGAUAUUACAUAUUGUAAUAAAGAUGUACAUAUACAUAAAGCUGUAAAUAAAGUUAUAGUAGUAGAUAUAAUAGGUUCUGACGAUUAGCCAGAUAGUUUUCAGGUAAGAUACUUUCAAAAACUGCAGAUUCAGGCCUGGGCGUGGCUGCUAAGAAAGUCAAUUGGUAUUUGCCCAUUAAUGUAAUUUGGUAGCAGAAGCAGACUCCAAAAUUUUUAUAACGCUCUGAUUCUGGAAUACUAAGAAGGCUGUAUUUACUGUGCAGCGGGGAAAAAAACUAUUUAAAAUUAUUUCCCUGGAAAUUUUGCAGACAGUAAAUGAUGUAAAUUAAAAUAAUAAACAACGAACAAGUCUGAAAGCAAUUUUUUUUGCUAAAUAUUCUUCUUUUUGACAUUAAUAUGCUUCGUUAUACAGUCUGAUACAAUUCUUUGGACUUUAGCUAAACAUACACAGUUGCGUUAUUACUUGACAAGAAGCCAGAACUAUUUUCAAAAUUACAUUAGUAAGAGGUCCUAUGUCAGAGCUACUUCCUUUUAUUCUGUCCCAUUAUAAAAGAACAAGAGGACAUUCAGUGAAAUUAAAAGGCAACACAUUAAGUUAUGUUUUAUGCAAGAUAUAAUUGCUCUGUGGAACUCAUUGGCACAUGAUGUUAUUGAGGCAAACAUCUUAAAUACGAUUUCUAUGAGGAUUAUAUGCUUACAUGAAUUAAAAUAACAUGUGCAGUUAUUGUAACUCUUGUCAUUUUGAUCCGGGUUAAUGUAUCAACCUCAUGCUUCAGGGUAUAAAUUGAUGGGGCUAAGAAGAUUCUCUCCAUGUUACUGCACAGUUGCCUGGGUUCAGUGUGGGGGAUUUUUGCUUUCCUCUGAAAUUCAGGGUUUAGGCCACUGCCAGAGCCAUGAUAGUAGACUAGAAGAGUUAC